GAUGCAACAGAAGAUUCUGAAAAGAAGCAAUGAAUUUUCAUUUUCAGAAGAGAUGUGCUUCAGAUCUCGAUUGGCGUCUCCUCUUUCUAAUACUCAUUCCUCUUUCCCUUCUUGUCUUUCUCUCUCUUUCCCCCUUCGUCACCAAUCCCUACAGUAUCUUCUCCUCUUUCACUCCUCCAAAAUCCCCUCUCCUCUCUCAAACUCCUCAAUCGCCUUCCCUCUCCUUCUCCUCUUCGAUUCCAUCUCCCACUCCUAGAGAAUCAUCGCAGCAGACAAAGAAGAGGAAGAAGAAGGAAGAGUUGGACCAGUCGAAAAUCGCGAUCUGCCUGGUGGGGGGAGCAAGGAGGUUCGAGCUCUCGGGGCCGUCGAUCGUGGAGAAGGUUCUGAAGGUGUACAAGAAUUCAGAUCUUUUCUUGCACAGUCCCUUGGAUAGGAAUGCCUACAAAUUCUCGCUAUUGAAGGUAGCUCCACGGCUCGCUUCGGUUCGAAUCUUCGAACCCAAACCCAUGCCGGAGACAGUGGAACAGAUUCGAGUCCUCACCGCCCGCAACUCCCCCAACGGCAUUCAGGGAUUGCUACAGUACUUCAAACUGGUAGAAGGGUGCCUAACGAUGAUCAAGAACUAUCAAGCCCAAAACAAUUUCACAUACGACUGGAUCGUCCGAACCCGAGUCGACGCCUACUGGUCUGACCCACUCGACCCCGAAAACUUCGUAUCCGGUCGGUACCUGGUCCCCCCUGGCUCCAACUUCGGUGGCCUCAACGACCGUCUCGGCAUCGGAGACCUCAAAACCUCCACCGUCGCCCUCUCCCGUCUCUCCCUCAUCCCUCGGCUCGACGCCGCCCGUUUACGCCGCCUCAAUUCGGAAGCUGCCUUCAAAGCCCAACUUACCAAACAAGGCGUGAGCUACUUCACUAGACGGAUUCCCUUCUGCAUCGUCAGCGACAGGAAGUACCCCUAUCCACCCAAGCGGUUCGGCGUCCCGGUCGCCUCUCUAUUGAGCCCCGGUCCACUUAGCGGAGCCAAGUGCAGGCCGUGCACGCCGGUUUGCGCUGGUCCAUGCGUGGCCGGUGUAGCGGGGAAGCUUUACAAGGGUUGGAGCUGGACCAACUGGUCCAACGGGUCCCUUCGGCUUUGCGACUCCCAUUCCGGUUGGGAGACCGGAUGGCAAAAGAUCUUCGAUCGCGUUGCUGGUGAGAAGCUCGCGACUGCAAGGAAACGAGUCUCGGCGUUAAAGUUAAAGGAAUGCAUUAAUGAUUUUGAUGAGAUGAAGAGACGGACCGGUAAUUGGGACGUUCCUCCUGCGGCAGAGAUUUGUAAGCUCGGGUUGGGUCCCAAGUAAAGCCGAGGAUUCGUUUUGUAAAUAGAGCGAUAAAGAUGGGGUAUUUUCGGACUUGUAAGACAAA